AUGCCGCUCUGUCUCACCUUCAUCGACUUAAAGAAGGCCUUCGACUCAGUUGACACGGACGCGCUCAUAGAAGGUUUGGACAACCAAGGCGUCCCUACUCAGUACAGAAAUGUACUUCGAGAGUUGUACAAGGGGGUCCGACAGGGUGAUACAAUUUCACCCAAAAUAUUCACAGCCACCUUAGAGAACGCAAUGCGAAAGUUGGAAUGGGACGACAUGGAAGUGAAGGUUGAUGGUCGGCAGCUACACCAUUUGCGCUUCGCUGAUGACAUCGUACUGAUAACAGCUAACAUCAGCCAAGCGGAACGAAUGCUGACCGAAUUUGACGAAACAUGUGGAUGCAUCGGUCUUCAGCUGAAUCUACAAAAGGCGAUGUUCAUGCAGAACGGAUGGGUCUCGGAUGCCCCACUCACGCUCAACGGAACGAACAUAUCCGAAUGCACCAGCUACGUUUAUCUGGGUCGGGAACUGAACAUGAUGAACGACCUGACCUCCAAGCUGGACAGGAGGAAACGAGCGGCUUGGGCAGCGUGUAAGAGCAUCGAGGAUGUAGUGAAGGACACCAGGAACACACGGCUCCGUGCUCACUUUUCAACAUCACAGUAUUUCUUGCUUUGGCCUAUGCUUCAGAAACCUGGGCACUUCGCAAGAAAAUGCGGAAGAUCGCCGACACGAUGGUCACUCUUCCUCACAAAGUCCUUCGAAGAAAAAUACGAUGCUCUUCGUGUGCCACGCGAAAGAAGAAAUCAUUGGGCUACUCUGGCACGCGAUCGGGACAAAUGGAAGGAUUACUGGCGCCCGCUCGACCAGUUAGAAGAACAACGGGAGUCAAGGCGAUCAAGAUAUUGCAUGGGUAUAACCAAAGACUAUUUGCGGUACGUCCACAGCGGGACUACGGGUUGCGUCUGCUCCACCAAUGGCGAGAUUUGUGCGGUUGAUGAGAAGAUUUGUGUUGUUACUGCAUGUGAAAAUGUUAGCUUCUACAACAUGAGAACGAGCGAAAAGGUUGAUGAAAUAUCGGAGUCCACGGGAGAUGCAUUGUGCAUAAAACUCAGUCAAGACAGGCGAUGGUUGGCAGUGGGAUAUGCAGAUGGAAUCAUUCAGUUAUUCGAUAGAAAAUCUGAUGAAUCAAAUUCUGUCACCUUUUCUGGUCAUAAAAAAGGCGUUAACUCUCUGGAGUUCAGCGACGAUGGUCUUCUUUUGGCCUCAGGUGGUAAGGAUUGCGCAGUUAUAUUGUGGGAUGUUGUGUCAGAGAGCGGUCUUUUUCGUCUGAAUGGGCACAAGGCUCCUGUAACCCACCUGACAUUUGUACAGAAUGGCCAAUUUUUAAUAACAUCAUCGAAAGACUGUUUUGUCAAAUUUUGGAGUUUGAAGAGUCAAAGUUGUUUCUACACACUCUUUGAAAAUCGAACAGAGGUAUACUCUUUUAGCAUUUUCAACAACGAAACUCUUAUGGCAGUGGCGAGUGCAGAAGCCGAGCUUGUGGUUUACGGGUUGACUUGGUUAAGUGAAGGUUCAGUACCAUCGACUAGCCAAGAUAAGGAACCUGAGAAGAAAAAAGCUUUGUCUCAGCUUCACUUAGAUGGCAACGUUACAGAAGACAUGGCGAAUCGCUACGUGCGGGUCAACCUGCGCGGUAGAUUGCUACGACAGUGCAAAGGACGGGCGCUGCAGCUAGCACUCUCACCAGAUGAGCGCUUUCUGCUAUGCCUGGGAGCAGAUAAGGUUGUGGAUGUAUACCGCAUAUUCACAGAAGCGGAAUCAAGCAAACGAGUAGCGAAAAAGUUGAAAAGUGCAAAGAGAAAGGCAGCAAGUGAUGGUACAUCUGCUACAGUUACCGAAGAGCAUGUGAAAAAGGAUGUUACUACCAUCAUAUCUUCGGUUGGAGAGUACCGUACUCACGCUAAAACCAAGCGAGUUGACUUCACUACCAAAUGCAGAAUGGAUCAAAGUUGCACUGCCAACUAUUCGUUCUUUGCUCUCAUGGCUAAUAACACUGUACAUCUCGUAGAUUUCAAAUGCGAUCUUUCUUCGAACUCCGUCUCGUUUGAUUGUGUUUCUACAACCGAUCACCUGGGCCAUCGUAAUGACAUUCGUGCGUUGUCGGUUUCAUGUUCUAACAACGCAGUUCUCUCUGGCGGAGGGAAUGAGCUCAUAAUCUGGAAUGCACAUUCACUUCGUCCAGUUGCCUGCCUACAUACUGAAGAAAUGUCCGAUGUCACCGCAGCUUUGUUUGCGACUGGAGGUGGACAUGUUAUUGCUGGAACAAAGACGGGCAGUUUGUUUUUGUGGGAUGUGGCAUCAUGCGAACUGUUGGAAUCGCGGAAUGGUCACGAUGGUUCGAUAUGGGAAAUUGUGCACACAGCAAAUGGCAAGAGUAUCAUCACGGUUUCCUCGGACAAAAAAGCUAAAUUUUGGUCGUACGAAGUGGUCUCCGAAGGUACACGUAAGCGCCUUUCUCUUCGAGAAACUCGAAUACUUGAGCUCCCAGAUGAAGGUCUUUGUUGUGCCGUUUCACCUGAUGGCAAGUUUGUUGUGAUUGGUAUGUUGGACAACACUGCUGGUGUUUACUUCUCUGAUACGUUGAAAUUCUUUAUUUCGUUAUAUGGUCAUUCACUUCCUGUAACAUGCGUUACUGUCAGCCCGGAUAGCAAACUUGUGGUGACUGGCUCGGCUGACAAAUCGAUAAAAAUCUGGGGUCUGGACUUCGGUGACUGUCACAAAUCGUUCUACGCACACGACGAUGUAGUAUCGGCCGUCCUCUUCUCUCCAUCCGAAGAAAUGCUUGUUUGGUCAGCUGGGAGGGAUGGCAAGAUCAAGCAAUGGGACGCAAAGAAGUUAUGUCGUGUACAGGUUCUGGACCGACAUUCUGCUGAAGUACGGGCUUUGGCGCAAACAGAUAAUGGCAGUUCACUGUUCUCUGCAUCACAUGACAAAUCCCUCCGCUGCUGGGAAUUAACAGAAGAAAUUAUCGUUGUGCAGGAGGAAGAGGAAAUGGAGAGAGAGAAAAACUACGAAGCUCGUCUGAUUGAGGAGGAGGAUGUUGUUUCUGGUGAAGCGAUCGAUGCUGAAGCUGGCCUUGCAGCUGUCAAGAGUACGCAGAGCGUAAUUUCGGCUGAAAAUAUUAUCGAGGCAGUAGAUAUUGUGCGGAAUGAAAAAAUAGAAUCCAAGGAAAAUGCAGAGCACAAACCGCAUCCCCUCAUGGCAGCAUACAACAGCAAAUCUUACGAACACUUCAUCGUUGAUGUAAUUUCACGAUGCAGACCAAGCAAUAUCGAACGUUCUUUGCUUAUGGUUCCACUGAGCUACGUGUCAGACAUUCUUACAGCGCUUUCCUCCUGCGUUCAACAACAUUACCGAGUAGAGUUUGCUGUACGAAUAGCUAUCUUCUUAAUAAGAGUACACCAAAACCAUGUAAUCAAUUCCACAGAGAUGCUUCCAUUAUUAGGAAAGAUUAGCUCGCAAAUGCCGGAAGGAAUCAAAGAAGUUCGGGAUAUCACUGGUUUCAACCUUGCUGCACUAGAGUUGCUACAGUUGGAACUAGAGGAGGCGCAAAACAUUAAAUUGUUUGCUGAUGUUUCGGAAACUGUAGCCUGGAAUCCCUUCUUACGAAAUGUGGAUUUCGCUCACGUUCGACUUCUAAUAAUCUCUACGGUGCUGCUAUCUCUUGUUUCUUAA